AUGCUGACCAUGGGCUUGAAGGGAGCCCUCUGGCUCGCCUUCAGUUCGGUGGUCGCCGCCUUGGGCCAGGAGCGCAUCAUCUCACUGAACGGCACCGGCGCCGCCCUGCAGAUUGCUGGCGGGCCUGUGUCCAAGGGCCAGAUCCUAGUCUCGAGCAAUGACUACUGGGGCGUCAUUCGUGCCGCUGGUGAUCUUGCCCUCGACUUUGGGCGAGUCACGGGCACAAACUACACCCUUAGCAAUGGCGAGGCUGGUUCGGAGCCCGCCAUCUACCAGUACAGACCGGUAAACAACAUGAACAACACCCAUUUCAGCACCAGUGGAAUUGCCAACUUCACCGGCCCGGCCUACUCGGAUCCCUCUCCCUCAGAUAUUGUCAUCAUUGCCGGAACCAUUGGACAUUCGACCGUCAUUGACAGCCUCAUCUCCUCCAAGGCCAUCGACGUGUCCGAGGUUGAAGGCAAGUGGGAAUCUUUCACCAGCCAGGUUGUCGAGAACCCAGUGCCGGGAUGCUCCAAGGCCCUGGUCAUUGCCGGGAGCGACCCACGCGGUACUAUUUACGGCAUAUACGACAUCAGCGAGCAGAUCGGUGUCAGUCCAUGGUACUUUUGGGCCGAUACUCCUCCCAAGCAGAGCAAGAACCUCUUUGUGACAACCACGAAGAAGGUCCAGGGGCCGCCAUCCGUCAAAUACCGCGGCUUCUUCCUCAACGACGAGCAACCGGCGUUGACCAACUGGGUUGCAAGCCGCUGGCAAGAUACCCCGUAUGGCCCGGGAUACGGACCGGCCUUCUACGGCCUCAUCUUCGAGGUCCUUCUGCGGCUGCGCGCCAACUACCUGUGGCCAGCCCUCUGGGCAACCAUGUUCGAAGUUGAUGACCCGGGCAAUCAGCCUUAUGCGGACGCCUUCGAGAUCGUCCUCGGCACGUCACACACGGAACCUUUGAUGCGUGCUCAAAACGAGUUCGGCAAGUUUUACCAGGGGCCCUGGGCUUACAACCUCAACAACAAGACCAUUGACGAGUACUUCCGGUAUGGAGUUCAGCGUGCAAAGCCGUACGCUCGCAAUAGUCUCUGGACGGUUGGGAUGCGUGGAACCGGUGACACUGCCAUUGAAGGUCUCGGCGUUGAGCACAUCGUGGAAAUGCUUACCGUAUUGGUCAAGAACCAGCGGGAUAUAAUGGCCGAAGGACUCGAAGUGGAUGAUGUUACAACCAUUCCGCAGACUUGGUGUCUCUACAAGGAGGUUAUGACGUACCUGUUCGCUGGUUUGCAAGUACCAGACGACGUGACCCUGCUCUGGGCCGACGACAACGCCGGCAACGUCCGCAGACUGCCGCUGCUGAACGAGACACAGCGGGCAGGCGGAGCGGGUCUUUACAUGCACUUCGACUACGUUGGGGAUCCGCGCAACUACAAGUGGAUCAACACGGUUCAGCUCACGAAGACGGCCGAGCAGAUGCACAUGGGGUACGCGCGCGGCGUCGACAGGAUCUGGAUUGUCAAUGUUGGCGACAUGAAGGCGCUCGAGAUCCCCAUCAACCACUUCUUUGACAUGGCAUACGACGCAAAGCGAUGGGGCGUCGACAGCACGUUUGAAUGGGCUCAGGCCUACGCUGCGCGUGAGUUUGGUCCUGCCCACGCGGCCGAAAUCGCCGAUGUCAUGAUGAAGUACGGCAUGUACGCCGGACGGCGCAGGUUUGAGCUGGUCGAGCCGCACAUCUACUCCGUCAUCAACUACAACGAGGCAGAUGCUAUCCUGCAGCAGUGGGCUGAGCUGGCGGCGCAGGCUCAGGCCAUCCACGACAAGCUUCCCGCCGAGAGCCAGCCGACCUUCUUCCAGACCGUCCUGCACCCUGCCCUGGCCGGAGAGAUUGUGCACAAGAUCUACAUUGGUGGUGCGCGAAACAUGCUGUACUCCGGCCAGAAGCGGAACGCGGCCAACCGGGUGAUUCAGGAGGUGCUGGCAUACUCAUCGGCCGACGCGAACCUCACACGGAGGUGGGAUGCCAUGCUGGACGGCAAGUGGAAGCACUUUAUGGACCAGACUCACCUUGGCUACGACGGCUACUGGCAACAGCCCAUGCGCAACACCCUUCCAGCUAUGGUCCAUGUCCAGACCGACUUUGUCUCGCUUGCCGGCGAGGUCGGCGUUGGCGUCGAGGGCUCCAACGCCACCGUGCAAGGUGACGACAAGUAUCAUCCCAACAGUGGCAGCACCCUCGCGGUCCCGCCCAUGGACCCAUACGGACCCGUAACCCGGUACUUUGACGUGUUUUCGCGCGGCACCAAGGAGUGCGAAUGGACCGCCUCCCCCUGGCAGCCGUUUGUCAAGCUCUCGCAGUAUACCGGCACCGUGGGGCCCUCAGCCGGGGACACUCGCGUCUACAUCUCGAUCGACUGGUCCGCCGUCCCCGAUGCCCCUUAUUCUACCACUGUCAACAUCAACGUUACCACACCGUGCCGCGGAAUGGACCGCUACGGCUUCCCACUGCCGCGCGUCCAAGUGCCCGUCAUCAAACGCGCCGUCCCCGCAAACUUCACGGCCGGCUUUGUCGAGUCGGACGGGCACGUUUCCAUUUCGGGGGCGCAUUACCAGUCCAUCCUGCCCCCGGCCCAGAACUCGUCGCUGAACAACAAUGUAACGUACCACAAAUUCGCCCACUACGGCCGCACAGGGAGUGGCGUCGGGUUGGUGCCGCUCAACACGGAGAAGCAGACGCCGCAAACUGCGCCGGCGCUCGAGUACAACCUAUACCUCUUCAGCAACCACUCGGCCGCCAACGUCACGCUGCUCAUCUCGCCCGCGCUCAACUACCUGGGCGACUACGACCCGCUCGAGUACGCCGUCUCGCUGGCCCCGCAAGGCGGCAACGCUGCUGACGUACCGGUCAAAUCGGUGCGCCCAGUCGGCGCCACCGUCGGCUCCAACAUGCCAGCGGGCUGGGGCACCGCCGUGGCCGACAACGUCUGGGGCCUCCGCGGCGGCUACACGACGACGAGCUUCGCCGUGCCGCGCGAGGGUGCCUACACGCUGCGGGUCUGGGCCCUCAUGCCGGGUGUGGUGGUGCAGAAGAUUUUGCUCGACCUGGGUGGCGUCAGGGCCAGCUAUCUUGGCCCACCCGAGAGCUUCCUCGUCGGGCGGGAUACCCUGGGCGCCAGGAACGGGACGAGCUUUUUGAACGAGCCUGACGCGGUUGGCGGCGUGGGGAAUGGGAGGUGUAAGAAGAGGGUGGCAAUGGUAUAA